CCCUUCCCCCGGUGCGCGAGACAGGUUAGGCUGUAGCAGACGACGUAAGGCAGAAAGAAGAGGAGUUAGCAGUUGAGAAUCUUUACAUUUACUUCGCUUCGAACUGCUCUCAAAGUUAUCGCUGAAUCAAGCAAACAUUGAAACGAACGUGAAAUCUGCGAUCAAUGGAUUCUUUCUUCACAUCGUAAAAACGUCCUGAGGACUGACAUGGGAGAUGAGAAGGUUUUGAACAAGGACCAGUGGCAUCUAGAAGCGACUGCUGUUAUCAAUGAUGUAAAAAAUCAUGUUCGACAGAUAAGCAUAUCCAACCUAGAGGGAACGGAUGAUUUUAUUUUCUUAAAUUUAACCACAAUAGAAGGGCAAGACUAUUGUAUUCAAAUGUCAAAAAUGGGCUUUGCAAUUGUUGACGUUCGUUAUGACAGUUCAACCGUUGAGCCUUUGGUAUGCUUUGAAACUCCAUAUGCGCUUCUUGAUAGCAUCAGCCCUAAAUAUCGUGAAUCAUUUGCUCUGAAACUCAUUGAUUCUUUAGCUGCUUUGAAAGGAGACUCUGAAUCCACUGACAAAUAAAAUUUUUAUUUGAAAUUCA